GACAACAUGGCAAGCAACCGGUGUCUGCUUGUUUUGCUGUGCAUCGCAUCUCAGGCGAUUGUAGCUACACACGGCUUCAUCGAGGGACUGUACUGCGGGACAGAAAACUGCUAUGACAUUCUGGGUGUUACACGGGAAAGUUCCCGGGGUGAGAUAUCAAAAGCCUAUCGCAAACUUGCGAAAAAAUGGCAUCCAGAUAUGCACAGAGGAAAGGAGGCCAAGGAAGAGGCUGUAGUUAUGUUUCAAAAAAUUGCUAAUGCUCAUGAGAUAUUAAAAGAUGAUGAACAGAGAGCAGAUUAUAACUACAUGUUGGAUAACCCAGAGGAGUACUACACACAUUAUUAUUACUAUUACCGGCGUCGCAUGGCUCCUAAAGUGGAUGUUAGGAUUGUCAUUGUGGUCACCAUCACCAUAAUAUCAGCUGUACAGUAUUGGGGUAUGUGGAACAACUACAACACAGCCAUAAAAUACCUCUCAAGAGAACCUAAGUAUAGAAACCAAGCCAUGGAGAUAGCAAAAUCUCAAGGACUGAUCAACACAAACAAGAAAAGGGACAGGAGAAACAAGGAAGAGAUACGAGAAGAAGAAGACAGAAUCAUCAAAGAAAUUAUAGCUGAAAAAAUGGACAUCAGGGGAGGUUAUAGCAGACCAAAAUACACAGAUGUUUUAUGGGUUCAGCUAAUCCUCAGUCCAUAUACACUCAUCCUGUACAUCCACUGGUGGUUACGAUGGAUCUGGAAAUUUACCAUAUGCCGGGAGGAGUACGGAGAAGAGGAAAAAUGUUACCUUAUAAGAAAGUUCAUGAAGCUCAGUCAAACCCAGUGGGACGCAUUAGAAGAAGCAGAUAAAGAGCUUUACCUUGAAGAAGAACUGUGGAUAAAAGAAAAUUUUACUGAAUGGAAGCGACAGCAGGAGGAGGAGAUGAAAGCUAAAAUGGCCGAGAGUGCUAAGUAUAAGAUGUACAGGCGGUAUAUGAAGAAAGGAGGCCCUGGCCAGAUGACAUUUGGACCUGAUUAGUCUCUCCAGUACAUCUUACUGUCACACAAGGAAGAAAUCUCUCCUUUCCGUGUGGGUGUGCCUUUUCACAUCCAACUUUCUUAUGUGUUUAAUUAUCAUAUAGUGGGGUAAAUUUUUGUUUGCAAUUACCUUGUCUUCAUUAAUCAGGUUGUAUAAAUUCUCAUUCUGUCCUUCAUCUUUUGUGUGAAGUAACUGGCCAUCAGUUAUCUCCCCUUGGUUCUUUCAAUUAAACAACCACAGGUACGAACUGAUAAUUGACCUAUCAACAGCAGACAUUUAACCCCGCCCACACAACAGUUAACCACACCCAUAAGAUAAAUUUUGUCAAGUUUUAAAUCCGGGAUAUCGAUUAGUGCCAGUUUUUUGCCAUGCUGUCAUAUGAGAAACAAUACAUUGACACAAACUCAUGGUUUAGAUUCCUGCACAUUUUUAAU